GUGCAUGGGACGCGGGGCUGCAGGUCCGCCCCGUAAGCCGCGCGCCCGGUCGCCCGGGGGAGCAGGUUUGCCCUCCGCGCCGUGGCCCGCGCGCCAGGGAGCCGCCAGCCGCGCUGCGUAGCGCCCCUCCGCCCUGGAACUUUUCCCUCGCGCCUCGGCUCCCCCGCGCCUCUCUUGGAUGCUUUUGCCAGCCUCCCCCCUUCCCCAGCACCCGCCGCCGGCGCUUCUUCCUCCCAGAGCAACAGCCUCUGCUGCUGCCGCCGCCGCCGCCGGGGUUGCUCCGCCAGAGGCAGCGCCAUGCACACGGUGCAAAAGGACACUACCUUCACCAAGAUCUUCGUCGGGGGGCUGCCCUACCACACCACGGACUCCUCGCUAAGGAAGUACUUCGAGGUGUUCGGGGACAUCGAGGAAGCCGUGGUCAUCACGGACCGGCAGACGGGCAAAUCCCGAGGAUAUGGCUUUGUCACCAUGACUGACAGAGCUGCAGCUGAAAGAGCUUGUAAAGAUCCCAAUCCCAUCAUUGAUGGGCGGAAAGCAAACGUCAACCUAGCGUAUCUGGGAGCAAAGCCAAGGAGUAUUCAAACUGGUUUUACCUUAGGGGUGCAGCAGUUACAUCCGGCUCUUAUUCAGAGACCCUAUGGGCUGGCCCAUCACUUUAUCUAUCCUCAAGCAAUUGUUCAGCCCAGCAUGGUGAUCCCAACUCCUGUCCAGUCCAUCACUUCUCCUUACAUAGACUACACAACUGCAAGCCAAGCCUACUCGCAGUUCACCACUGCUGCCUACGACCAGUAUCCCUAUGCUCCUUCCCCUGCUGCUGGCUUUGUGGGAUAUGGGUACACGGGUGCCGUUCCUCAACCUGCCACGGCUGCCAGUCUACCAAUAGCAACACCCACAGCUUUUGUGCAGUAUCCACCUACACAGCUGCAACCAGACCGUAUGCAAUAGAAACCCAUCUCCAGAAAGACCGUUCUGGC